CUGUUUGUCCACAAUAUACAGACCGAUAAACAGACCACCUACCUUUCCGCCUUUGGGACAACCACUCCCAUCAAAGCGGAGACAAUACUAUUUAGUCAUUAUAUACAGUAUCUCUGGUUUGGGCGAGUUUCGUUGGUGACGUCUGUCGCCAGUACCCGCCCCGUUCAGUUAUCGCCCUGCUUUUGCUGCAUAGACCGCGCAGGAACCUGGACCAAACGAGGCGGAAUUUCAGUUGCUUAUCCAUCAUCGAUAUGGGAAUUAUACCAUUCUUUCAGAACCAAGCUCUUAUCCCAUACUAUCUGAAGCCAGUCCACUUCGAGACACAGACUAUAAAAACUGCCGGUUGAAGGAACACCAGCAGUAGAUUGUUAUUAUUGCUUUAGCCAGUACAGCAUUUACAGAAUAUGCUUCCUGCUGAUGCAGGGAUGAUAAACCACCUUGUGCGAUGAGAAGUAGCCUAACGUUUUCUCAGAACUGGAGAUGGGCAUUUUCUAAAUUGUCCUAAUUGAUUUUGGGAAAAUGCUCUGGACAAUUUUAGUGCUCUGUAUGUCUAUGGCGCUACUGUACAGUGUAGUUGGUGAGGCCUCCAGCCAGCCUCUGACACCCAGCCGAGGCACUGAGACAGAGGCCCUGUCUGCCCGCCACUACUACCACACAGACCCCAGCACAGGCAUUCAGCUGGUCUGUGACAAGUGCCCCGCGGGCACCUUUGUUUCCAGACACUGUACCCAGACCAGUGUGAGGGAUUGCAACCGCUGUGACGAGGGCACAUUCACUCACGGAGAGAACGGGAUUCAGCAUUGCCACCGCUGCAGGAGGCCCUGCCACGCCCCCCUCGUUGAAAAGGUCCCCUGCACGGCCACCUCGGACCGGAUCUGCACCUGCCCUCCGGACACCUUCACCCAGGGGGACAGCUGCACGGCUCACUCCCUGUGCCCUGUGGGCUCAGGGGUUAAGAAGAGGGGCAACGAUGUGGAGGAUGUGCGCUGUAAGGCGUGCGCACGGGGGAGUUUCUCUGAUAUGGCCUCCAGUGUGUUGAGGUGCAGGACACACACAGACUGCCUGACCCACGGUCUGCCCCUACUGGCGACGGGCACUAGAGAGACAGACAACAUCUGUGGACCUGCUUCUCCCACCUCCCCCACCCUCUUGGGACCUGCACAGUCUGCCUUCGUCCAAGAGCCCUCCUCUUCCUCCUCCUCAUCUGGCCCAGUACGUAAAGACAACUUCAGACUGACAGCAGGUGCUGAGGACUUAGAGCUCUUACUGAGUGCCACAGGGAUUCUACCCAGCCAUGGCCAGGAUUCCCCCCCAGCAGGCUCCUCCGAAGCCAGCCCCGAAGACAAUGGAGAGGUCCUGAACCUAGCCGCUACGCCUGAAGCCCAGGACUCCACACGGACUCUACCACACCACAAGUACUCUGUUCCCAGUGAUAACCACCGCACCCACCCGGCGGCCAACAACCGGGCCAUGGAUGGCAUGGAGGAUGGAGCUGGUGUGGGAGUGGGCAGAUGGGUGCAGAGCUCAGGGUACAGGCCCACGCGGAGGGGCUCCCCCAGACCCAGCACUCAUACGCACUUUGACAUCAAUGAGCACCUGCCCUGGAUGAUCGUUCUGUUGCUGCUGCUGGUGCUGGUGGUGAUCGUGGUGUGCAGCGUGAAGAGGAGCUCCAGAGUUCUGAAGAAGGGUCCAGUCCAGGACCCCAGCAGCAUCAUUGAGAAGGCAAUCCAGAAGAAGACCUGCCCCCCGACACAGACCAAGGAGAAGUGGAUCUACUACUCCAACGGACAGGGUGUGGACAUCCUGAAGUUGGUGGCAGCUCAGAUUGGCAGCCACUGGAUUGACAUGUACCAAUCCCUGGCCAAUGCCACGGAGCGUGAAGUGGCAGCAUUCUCCAACGGCUACCUGUCGGACCACGAGCGUGCUUACGCUGCCCUGCAGCACUGGACCAUCCGCGAUGGGGACGCCAACUUGGCUAAGCUCAUCAAUGCCCUGCAUCGCCACCGCCGUAUAGACGUGGUGGAGAAGAUACGAGGCAUCAUGGAAGACAAUCCUCAGUUUAAUCUGAACCAGCUGAUGACUGUGAAUGUAACCCCGAGCCACAGUCCUGUACACAAGUCGUUGGAGUCUCCUGGGGUGGUGGUGGAGCAGUCUCCUGUGGACCGGACCAAGGGCUUCUUCCCCGACGAAUCAGAGCCUCUGCUCCGCUGUGACUCCACCUCCAGCAAAGACUCCGCCCUCAGCAGGAACGGCUCAUUCAUCACCAAAGAGAAGAAAGACACGGUGCUGCGACAGGUCCGGCUGGACCCGUGUGACCUGCAGCCCAUCUUCGACGACAUGCUGCACAUCCUAAACCUUGACGAGCUGCAUGUCAUCGAGGCGAUCCCCAUGGCAGAGGACAAACUGGACCGCCUCUUCGAGAUUGCCGGGGUCAAGAGCCAGGAGGCCAGCCAGACCCUGCUGGACUCGGUCUACAGCCACCUGCCUGACCUCCUAUAGGCACACUGCUGUGAUGCUACAGACCUAUACUGUGGUCAGGGGACACCCCACUUCCUUCUGCUACAAACCCCUCCUUUUCUGUGUGGCUACUUGGGUGUGGCUCCCCCAAAAAAAAUACUCUGAGGUACGCUAGUGAGAUGCUGCUUGAUUCUGGAUAGUCGUCUACACGCCUUCAUGACUGCCAAUCGGCUAUCCUCCAUUCCUAGCAGCCUGACUUAAUCCCCUAAUAAUACCAGGGUCAGGGAGCCUCCCUUUUUUCACCUUUAUUUAACCAGGUAGACUAGUUGAGAACAAGUUCUCAUUUACAACUGCGACCUGGCAGUUGUAAAUUCUCUCUCUUCUCUCUCUAUGAUCCUGCACACUCUCACCCCCAGGCCAGACCAUACAGCCACAUGCCUGACCUCUUGAAGUCUCCUUCCAUCACUCCCCCCAUGUUGAGGGGAGGGGUCCAGGCUCCCCCCCACACACAGCCCCCCAUGGUGAGCCUGCCUGCCUGGAGGAAGGGCAGGACAGAGUGGCCAGCCUGGAGUUCUGGGCAGACAUAGCACCACCAUCACCACUAUGCUUAUUAAACCAUAGCUAUUGCCCUUGUGUCAAUGUAGCAUUAAACAAGUGUUCUCUUUACAUUUUUGAGAUUAUAAACCCAUAUUCAUGCAAGCAAACUUCAAUAACACAGUCUCAUGCACAAUGUCUAUAAAUGUCAAACAUCCCACAUGAAAAAAUACUAUAGUCUGCACUAUGGUAGGACUACUACAGUAUUCACUGUCGUGUUUUUGCUAACUUUACUGUAGUAUUUACUAUAGUAUACUGUAGUAUUUACAGUUUACUAUAGUAUAAAUACUGUAGUAAAAACAAUCAGUAGUGUAUACUAUAUUAAUUACGGUAAUGUUUUUGCAGACUGUAGUAUACUGUAGUAUUUACUGUAGUGUUUUUGUUUUAUUAUUUACAUUUAACAUUUACAUUUAAGUCAUUUAGCAGACGCUCUUAUCCAGAGCGACUUACAAAUUGGUGCAUUCACCUUAUGACAUCCAGUGGAACAGUCACUUUACAAUUAUCUUUGACAUAGAAGUGGGGGGCAUUCUCCUUGAAGAAACCUACUGGAGAAAUACUCAGAGUAAAUUUUCCAUAUCCUGUAGGUAGUGCUGGGUUCUGACACGGAGAGUUCAGACCUUCUACUCUUUUCUAUAACCAUAGGGAACACAAUAUAUGGUCUAAACUUGGCAUGUAGGUUUCAAACUUACGGGUGGCCCAAAUUGGGACUUGUGGGAGGGGAAUGGGCAGGGUACAGUAUGUACAAAUUAUAUACUGUAGUAUUUACUAUAGUUUAAAAAAAGUUUUUGUGGACUGUAGUAUUUUUGCAGACAUUUUUGUACUAUUUACUAGUGUUUUUAUUUUUUGGAUAAUACUGUAGUAUUUACUAUAGUAUUCUACAGUACUACAAAAUUCUAUACUAAGUCCUACACAUGAUUGAGGGAUACUACAGUGCAUACAAUUGUAUAGUAUACUACAGUUUACUACAUACUUCUAUAUACUGUAGUAUUCUAGAAUAAACUGUAGUAUUUUUUUAUGGGGGACACUACGACACACACUCAUGAUGCACAAUGUCUUACACUAACAGUAUGUAAUAUGAUUGAUGCACUAAUUCUUGUUCUUUGAGUAACAUAACCAUUUCAUCUGUAUGCAUUCUGCCAUAUGUGCUUCAAUGUCUCUUUGAAAUGGUGUUUACUUACAUGUCACACUUGGUUUUUUUCAACAUUUAGUUUGAGUAUUAUCAUUUGUAGUUUUUUAGCUUUUUGAUUUCUUUGCAACUAUUAUUUGUCUUGAUUUCAAUGGCAUUCUGAUAUGUCCCAGCUUGGUGUAAUGAGACCAUCUUACUGGAUGUAAGAUAUGCAUAGUUGCUCCAUAUUCUACUUGAAUCUGACAGUCAUCUUCAGGAUUGUGGUACUUGAUUAAAAAAUAACAAUGUGCAACUAUAGUUCCUUUUAAAUUCAACAUCUUAAAAAAAAAUAAGAAAAAGCACCACCAAAAACAUGUUGCUGUGAAGUGCCAGUAUUCAACUCGCAGAUGUUAGGAAAGGAACACAGACUGACUUUUUGCCAAGCCAAUCGUAUCAAGCUAUUCUGGUGCUAGACUUGAAAUUCUCUAGUUGGGCAUAAUACCAGGAUGAUAUGGGCGGCUUUCAGGACAAUCGCUACUAAAGUAUUCUGGACUUUGCAGGGGGUAAAAUAGAUGCAGCUGCUCUGGACUUUGUUGGACAGAAUUGAAGUGUUGUUCGAGCUGUCCACAUCGCUGUUGGGUCUAAUGUAGGUGUGUGAAGGUAAGCAUGUAGAACGAGUAUGAAACAUUGAAGUUGAGGUAUACUGUACAUGUACUCUGGUGGCUGUUUUUAAACAUAACACGUGUAACCAGUACAUUUACUAUUAUGUAAAAUCUUAAAUCAACCAAUUAAAGUUCAAACUUUUGUCAUAA